AUGGGGUUGGCCGGUGGACCGGUGCGCCUCCUUCCACUGCUGACGGGCGAGGCGCAGCUGGCUGCGCUGCAGCUCCCUGACAACAGCUGGCUCGUGUAUGUGGACCUACGGAGAGCCAUCCUCCAGCAUGUCGGCCGUUCCCCAAAGCGGCAGCGCUUCCACUCACUGCGCUUGGAGGAGGUUGCAAUGGACGAGUGCAUGGAUGAGACUGGCCGGCCUCAGCGCUGCAUGCCUGAGUUCGUGAACGCUGCAUUCAACAUGACUGUGGUGGCCACCAACACGUGUGGAUCUCCGCCUGAAGAGUAUUGUGUUCAGACCGGCGUCACCAAGUCGUGCCACAUCUGCGAUGCCCAAGAUCUGAGACAGCAUCACAGCACCGUCUACCUCACCGACUACAACAACCAGGCGGACACCACGUGGUGGCAAAGUCAGACCAUGUUAGCAGGCAUCCAGUAUCCCAACUCUAUCAACUUAACCCUGCACCUAGGAAAGGCCUUUGACAUCACCUACGUGCGUCUGAAGUUUCACACCAGCCGCCCAGAAAGCUUCGUCUUGUACAAACGCACACGCGAGGAUGGCCCGUGGAUCCCAUACCAGUACUUCAGCGGCUCGUGUGAGAAAACUUAUGGCAAGCCGAACCGAAAUUUCAUCUCCACUGGUGAGGACGAGCAACAGGCACUCUGCACGGAUGAGUUCAACGACAUCUUUCCACUCACCGGAGGAAACGUGGCCUUCUCUACGCUCGAAGGACGUCCUAGUGCAUACAGCUUCGACAGCAGCCCAGUACUUCAGGACUGGGUGACUGCGACAGACAUCAAAGUAACUCUGAACAGGCUGAACACAUUCGGAGAUGAAAUGUUCAACGACCCGAAGGUCCUCAAGUCAUACUACUAUGCUAUUUCCGACUUUGCUGUAGGAGGAAGGUGCAAAUGUAACGGUCAUGCCAGCGAGUGUGUGAAGAACGAGUACAGCAGGCUGGUGUGUAAUUGCAAGCACAACACAGAGGGUGAUGACUGUGACAUUUGUAAACCCUUUUAUAAUGACCGCCCAUGGAGAAGAGCCACUGCUGACCACACCAAUGAGUGUCUGCCAAUGCCUGUGAAACGAGGGGCUUCUCAAAUGAAAAUGUGA